AUGGCGGCCCCCUGGUGGAGGACGGCGGUGGCGGCUCGGCGGGGCCUCGAGGCGAGUCUGGGGGCGGUCAGGAAGUCGCUGGGGGGGGGGCUGGAAGGGACUUCACGCGCUACUGCGGAGGGUUCAGGUGCCCCCACUCGGCCAGGAAGCUCCCCGCGUGUGACGUUGGGGGGGGGGCGUCGCUGCCUCUCAGCCUACCUCGCAGGGUUGUUGUAGAAUCAUAGAAUCAUAGAGUUGGAAGAGACCACAAGGGCCAUCGAGUCCAACCCCUUGCCAAGCAGUUGUCAUAGCUGUCAACUUACAGAUUUGAAAAUAAGGGACCAGCAGCCUCGAAAAUAAGGGACCAGCAGCCAAAAUAAGGGAUUUUGCUUAGCUUAUACAGAAAUCCGCCACUGAUGGAGCCAUGCUGCUUUUGCUGCGACUGACUGUGUUUUGCAGGGGGUUGGACUACAUGAUCCGAAGGGUCUACAACGCCGACCAAAGAAGACUGAUGAACGACAUCGAGAUGGCAAAGCGUACAGGCAGAAUUAGAAACCAGGAAGAGGACCUCUUUAAUAAAGAAUGGGGAAAGUUUAUAAUUUAGUUGAAAAGCUAUUGCAAACAGUUACAUACAUUGGGAGGAUUGACAGAAAACUUGUCGUAAAAAUUUGGGCUAUGGAUGGACAAAUGAUUUAUAAAAAUAGAGUUAUGAAAGGGAUGCAGAGGGGGAAAUCACUACACUAAGAUGCUGCACUGGUUGGAGGGUAUGCUAAGCAGCACGUCGGGGUUGCUGUUGUCCUGGCGCAAGGAGUUCCAUCGGCCCUUCCCCGCCUGAGAGAGAAGGACGGAGGGAGAGAGAAUGUCGCCCACGCUGCCCACGAGUCCGGCAUGAGGCGGUUGCGGCGCCGCUGAAGCGCCGCCCUUCUGCGUCCCUCCCCAUCUCCUCCUUUUCCUCCUCCCUCAGGCCACCUCCUCAGCCGCCGCCGCUGCUGCCGCCUCUGGCUUCCCCUGGCAGCGCAGCGGAAGUCUCGCAAGAGAGGGGCUGCCCGCCCACCCAUCUCACGGCGCGCCCCUGAGGGGGAAAAGGGAGAGACGGAGACGCAGCAGCUCGUGUGCGCGCUCUCUCGACAUGGAGGACCCCGAGCCGCUGCUUCCCUCCUGAGCCGGGCGAGCAUGAAACCUGGGAAAUUUAAGGGACAUCAUCAAUAAGGGACAGCAGCAGGACACGGCGCUGGGAUAAGGGAGUUUCCCGCCAAAUAAGGGACGGUUGACAGCUAUGGUUGUUGUUGUUGUUGUGGGAUUUAUUGAAGGAAGUGGGGGAGAGCCAUUAACACUAUCCUGAGCAUCUUGGAGGGAAAAAGGCGGGAUAUAAACGUGACAAAUUACACUUAAGGGGCCUUCGCUUAAAAGCUUCCAAUGAAGCCUGGAACAGGCACGGUGAACCUUCAGCUGCUUUCAGCAUCAGGAAGUUCUUCCUGAAGUUCAGUCUAAAUCUCUUUACCUUCAGUUCCGGCCCUGCCCAACUUCAUGCGCGUCAGGGGCAGCUAGGGUGGUGGCCUGCAGAUGUUGGGCCACAACAGCCAUCAGACCCAGCUAGGGAUGAGGAAAAUUGUGGUCCAACAACCGCCACCUUGAAGGUGACCUUUAUGUCUCCUAAUUGUCUCUGUGUGUUGCACAUGCCCAAUGCCUUCCACAUUUCCUCAUAGCACCUUCACCAUCUUUGUUCCUCCUCUCCUGGGCAUGUCCCACUUUGUCAACAUCAUCCUUAAACUGUGUGUGGCCCAGAACUGGGCACUCCAGGUGAGACCUGCCCAAAGGAGAGCAGAGCUUUGGAACCGUUUCUUCUCACAGUCUAGACGCUGUAUGAUUUCUGGUGUUGCAACUUAGAAUUGCAUUAGCCUUUUUAGCUACUCCACAGUGCACUCCUGAUUCCUGUUUAGUUUGUGUUCUGCUAAGACCCCUAGGUCCUUUUCACACGUGCUCCUGCUAAGCCAGGUGUCACCCAUCCUGUUCUUCUCCUGCCAGGAUAAAUCUUGCGUCCUUCUCCUGCCUUCAAAGGUAUUCACUACCCCUCACAGUCUGGUGUCUUCUGCAGAUUUAAUGAGCAUCCUCCAUCUAAGUCAUAGAGGAAUAUGUUCAACUAUGCCAGGCCCAGAAUGGAACCUUAGGGCAUCCAACUUGCCUCUUCUCUCCAGAAGCCACUCUUUGGUACAGUCCAUCACCUAAAAAUAGCCCGUAUUGUCUUGCCCACAUGCAAGCAGCUUCCAGUGCUUCUGGAAGAUGAAGUUGUCAGCCAGGCAUCAGGAAUUUUAGAUUCAGCAAAGCUUGCCUUACGGUAUAUAUCAGGAUAGUUGAAAUCUCUUCUUUGAAAAUGUGCUCAUCUGGCUGUGAUAGGUCAGUCAGUAGAGCAUGAGACUUUUAAUCUCGGGGUCCUCGAACAGAAGCCCUACCUUGGAUAAAAGAUUCCUGCAUAGAAGACAGUUGGACUAGAUGACCCUGAGGGUCCUAUGAUUCUAGAUCUAGGAAGGCAUCAUUCAAGUCUUCUUUUUGACAUGACAGUCUGCAGCAUGCUCCCACAAAGAUGUAGCUGUUAUAAAAAAAUUUACCCAAGUGUUUAGGUUUGUAGAUUUCUUCAUUCGUGUAUACAUCCUUUUAAUGAUCUGUUCUUUUAAAAUAAUCUAAGCCCUUCAGUUCCUCCAUUCCAUUCAUGAAUCUCAUUCCAUCAGGUUUCAGUAAUAACUAUUGAGUAUCAUUGCUUUGCUGUCUUAAGAUUUUGAGUCCAUCCUCUUUAUUUCUCAAACAAUUCAAACCUUUCCACCAUCUCUGUAGCCAGUCCCUUGAUUCUAGUUUUCUUCUCUCUUUUUUGAGGACAUAACCUUCUUGGAGGCUGAGUGCUGCCAAAAUUGUUAGUUCUUGAUAACUAAAUGGCACCUCUUUGUUCAGAGGCAACAGCAUCUCUGAGUAGUGGGAGCUAGAGACCUAGAAAGUGUGGUGUGUGCUUGUGUCCCCUGUACUACAGGGGAGCUGUUGAGCUAACCUAAAAAUAUGCAUAGAAGUGCUUGGUUUGGUUCUCCAUUGUGUCAGAUGAAUAGCUGAUUGUCAUUCUGUUCUCAGGUCUUUGUAGGGAGCCCUGGCAAUAUUUCUUGGCAGCUCUGUGCAAGGCGGGAUUUCCAGACCAGUGUUGCCUGCUGUAAGGUAAGAGCCUGAGAGAUCCAAAAGAUACUUGGGUGGCUGCUGUCCUGCGAAUGCUGUGGAGCACUCUGCCUUUUUGCAGGAAAGACUGGUUUUUUUUCCUUCUAGGGCCAGGGUUUCAAAUGGGGUUCUCUGACUUUGCUUGCUGCAGAAAGCUAACCACAUACCAUGCUAAAAGGUGUUGGGAGCACCUUUCAUUUUAUCUGCAGAGGGAUUUUUCUGUAUGAAUUAGGUCCCCUCACAUUUAGGCCAGGGAUGCGAGUGGUGCUGUGUGUUAAACCACAGAGCCUAGGACUUGCCGAUCAGAAGGUCGGCGGUUCGAAUCCCCACGACGGGGUGAGCUCCCGUUGCUCGGUCCCUGCUCCUGCCAACCUAGCAGUUCGAAAGCACGUCAAAGUGCAAGUAGAUAAAUAGUUACCGCUCUGGCGGGAAGGUCAAUGGCGUUUCCUUUCGCUGCUCUGGUUUGCCAGAAGCAGCUUAGUCAUGCUGGCCACAUGGCCCAGAAGCUGUACGCUGGCUCCCUCAGCCAAUAAAGCGAGAUGAGUGCCGCAACCCCAGAGUCGGUCACGACUGGACCUAAUGGUCAGGAGUCCCUUUACCUUUCCUUUUAGGCCUGUGAGGGGCCCUGAGCAUGCCACAGCUGAGUUGGGUUCAAGGGAGCCUCUACCCCCCACCCCUGUCAGGACCUUUCAAUAGAAAGGCUAGGUCAGGAAGGGGAACAUAAUCAGCACCACAGCAUUCAAGCAGGGGUGGGGGGGUUGGGUCUUCUUUCCCCAAGAAUCUUCUUUCUCUUGUAUAAAUGUUCCUUGCACAGCAAUCUGCAUUAGAAAAAAACCACUCCCUUUGGUGCCAAAUCCAGAGUCAAAGGUCCUUGUGGAUGUAUUGUAAAUCACCCAGAGGGCUGUGAGGCUCUGCCCACCCCUUGCUUCCUGUGUAUUGUGGCACGGCAGGCAAGGGCAAGAUGCCUUCCAUUAUUAUAAAGAUGGCAUAGGAUUCUCCUGUGCGCACACAUGCUGUUUGUGUGAGAGAGGUAAACACCUCCUGCAACACCUCUCUUGCAGAACCGAGCAGCUCGGGUUCGUGUUGGGAAAGGAGACAAGCCCGUAACCUAUGAGGAAGCCCAUCCACCCCACUUCAUUGCACACCGCAAGGGCUGGCUCUCCCAGCACACAAGUGAGUUGCGGGGCAGUGGGGGGGGGGAGGGAAUGGGCUGUUCUGGCACUUGUAUUUGGAGAAGGUGGAGAUGUACAAGUGGUCUGCCGCCACUCCUUCCUGGAAGGUUUUGGGUUUGGGGCUGUUGUCAUCAAACAGGGCCUAGGACACUAUUGUUGGAGAAAGGAGGUGGUGGGGUGGGGUGGGGUCAUCACUCCUGACAUCUUCUGCACCACUUGUGUCUUGAAAAGAGAAACUCAUUCGGUGUUCUUGUCUGCAAUGGGUGGUUUUCUUGGCAGGUGUAGAUACUCCCUUGGCACCUGUUAUGAGCUGCAUACAAAGUUCUUCCAAACCUGGCCUCCUUGGAAGGGUAUUCAGUCACUUUGAUUUGAUUUAAUAUUUGUAAUUCUGCUUUUCCAGCAACAGGCGCUGAGCUCAAAGCAGCCCACAACAACCACAAGAGCCUUAAAUCACAAACAUACAUUGCAGUCACGAUCAUAUUUGAACACAGCAGCAUAUAAAUAAAGCAAAAAGACAACCACUAAUUCAUCAAAACAAUUAAUGCAAUUCAAUAAAGGCAUAAUAAUUUCCCCUGGGAUUGACCUAGGUUGAGAGCCAUGUCCUCAUUGGCUCGGCCAUUUUGCCGCCCAGUGAAAGUUGUGAACCAAAAGGCUGGUUGAAACCACCAGCACUAGCUAUGACCCUCCUGAAGGCAGAGCACAGCAAGGCUGGUGCUCCCUGAUACAGAAAGUCAGUGUGGUGUAGUGGUUAGAGUAUCAGAUUAGGACCUGGGAGACCAGGGUUUGAAUCCCCACUCAGCCCUGAAGCCCACUGGGUGAUGUUGGGCUAGUCACUCACACUCGCCUAACCUACCUCACAGUAAGGAUGAAAUGGGGAGGAUGAGAACUAUGUAUACCACCUUGAGCUCCUUGGAGGAAAAAGUGGGAAAGAAAUACUACAAUUAAUGAAUUAAUAACCUACCCCCCCCUUCCCCUUGUGUUGUCGCCCGCCCUGUAGGUAACCUGAGCGGCGAGGGAGGGGCAGCUGAACGCUCUGUGGAGGAUGUCUUCAUCCGCAAGUUAAUCUACGGCACCUUCCAUGGCUGCCUGGCCAGCGAUAUUGUGUUGAAGCGCCGUGCCAACACGCUGAUCAUCUGCGCCAUUUUCCUGCAGAAGCUGCGGCCUUCCAAGUUCUACUUCCUGAUUGGCUACACAGAGACGUUGCUCUCCUUCCUGUACAAGUGCCCCGUCAAGAUGGAAGUGCAGACGGUUCGUGAGAAGGUGGUCUACAAGUAUAUUUAG